UUGUUAAACCUAAAGGAGGGGAUGGUGGGAGGGCAGGGAGGAUGUAGCUUUGAUCUUCAGGCCGGUUGAGGUGGAGAUGUGCUGGGCUGCCCCUAUAAAUACACCAGGUUGUGGAGAGACUCUGCCAGCACCACUGACCGGCUACUUCUCCUGCACUUUUCUGCACAUUUCACUUCUGAAAAGGAUUUACUGGUGGGGCAAUGAGGUCACAUUUCUCUAUCGAGUGGAUGGCCCAGAGCAGCCAGUCGGCAGGAUCAGAGACCCCCGCCAUCGCUGCCUCAGGACCUGCAGCCUGGGGGACUCAUUCAGAGAGCCUCCCAGGCUUCUACUGUAGACCCAAGCCAGAAAAUGUUUAUGAGCAGCAGCAGCAGCAGAGCCAUGAAGCCCAGAGCCAGAACUUUGUGCAGCAGCAGAUCUGCCCCAAGAACCAAGCAGCGACUGAGGCAGACUUCAGCAGCGGGACAGAGGAGGAGACGUCCGGGUACGAGAGUGAAGGAGGUCAGUCCCUGUCUCCCCCCUCCGAAUGCCCCUCCACGUCCCCUCCAUCCCCCCCGGUGGGCAGGAGGCCUCGGACAGCGUUCACUGCAGAGCAGAUCAGCAGCCUGGAGACGGCCUUCAAGAGGAACCCCUACCUGGGAACACAGGACAAGGCCGAGCUGUGCAAGACGCUCAACCUGUCGGACAAACAGAUCAGAAACUGGUUCCAGAACCGGCGGAUGAAGCUGAAGAGGACGGCACAGGACGCUCUGGCUCACGCCUGUCAGGCCAACGUGGCCUCUCAGUUCAUGCAUUACCACGAGCUGCAGGCCUACAGGCUGGGGCCCUACACCAGAUACCACUCAGCAGCAGGGCCAGCGGGGGCCACUGAGGGCCUGCCUGCUGCUGCCUCUUUCGCCCAUCCACACAGCCUGCAGUACAGCUCAGCUCUGCCUCUGGACUCCUUCUACCAGUACAGCAGCCGCCCAGGAGUCAUGCUGCCCUCAGCCACUUCGCAGCUGAGAGGAUCCUACACGACGUAUCCUCAGUAUUACUGAUCAGCCACUGAUGAGGACCAGCCUCAAUACUGUGUUCUGCUGUGACCAAAGGAGAUCUCAUCGUCUUGAACUCAUCUUGUCCUGAUAGCAUCAAUGGAAACAGAAGGUUUAUAUGAAAUGCAGCUCAGUUACUGCUUUGAAACUUGAUUCUUGGUCAUGAAUCAAACAGGGUGGUGUGCAAUAAUGUAACUGUGUGUGUAUCUCUGCUUGUACCUGAUGUAUAGUUUGGAAAUAUUUAAUAUGAAUCUAUGAAGGUUUAUCAUAUUUUUGCUGUUAUGUCACUGUGAAAUGAGAUUGAAAUAAAAAAUAAAUACUAAUCAGAUUA